AUGAGUGACAGCUCUGACUCGGAGUUCUCAGUGGAUGACACUCUGGCCCAGACCCAGCAUGUUGGACAGGAGGAGGAGGAAGAAGGGGACUCGAUGGGAGAGGAUGCCCCUAUGGAGGAUGUUGGGGAAGCUGAUGUUAAGAGUGAUGAUGAUAAAGAUGCCAGUGAUGAUGACGACUCGGACUUGUUCGGCUCUGAUACGAGCUCGUCUCAGUCUGGAAGCGAAGCUGGUGGUGACGAAGCUAAAGAUGAUGAGUUGUUCGAGGAGAAGGUCGCAAUGGAAGAGGAUGCGGAUCUAGAUGACGAUGACGAUGUGGAGGACGAGAUUGUCCAGGACGACUCCUGGGCAGUGGCUGAUGCGUAUUUCAAAGACAAAGGUCUGGUAUCACAGCAAGUGGGCUCAUUCGACGACUUCGUGACCUAUAAGAUGCAGGAGAUCGUGGAUGAAUGCCCCCCUAUCACCAUCAUACCACAGAACCAGGUGGGUUGGGAAAGUGAAGGGGCGAGGGUAUAUAUGGACUCCUCUUUCCUUGUAGAGUUUGGCCAGCUAUCGUUGAACAAGCCCACAGUGGAGGAGGUGGAUGGAGCUAUGACCAGUCUGACCCCUAAUCAAGCGCGGCUGAGGAACCUCACGUACAGCAGUCCGGUUUAUGUCAAUGUAACGCAGACAACCUACGCCUUAGCGGAUCCGGAUGAUCCCAACUCUGAGAAGCAACUGAUAUCCGAGGACUCGUACAGUAAAAUUCUCAUUGGGCGGAUACCGAUGAUGCUGAAGUCGGAGUACUGUUGGCUUAAGAACCAGACGGAGCGAGGCUUGGUCGAGAUGGGAGAGUGCGUGUUCGAUCAGGGAGGGUACUUUAUCAUCAACGGGUCAGAGAAAGUGCUAAUUGCGAUGGAGAGGAUGGCCAAUAACUUUGUGUAUUGCUUCCAGAAGAAGCAGCCAGCGAAGUAUACGUGGAUAUGUGANNNNCUGUUGGAUAUGAUGCCUCGUGGCAGGUUGCCUUGGACUUCAUCGCUAAAAGAGGGCCAACCAUUGGGACAUCGAAGAGUGGUCGUAUACACUGGAUUACCCAAUGUAUAUAAUAGAUACGCUAAGGAGCUGCUGCAGAAGGAGCUGCUGCCUCAUCUCGGCGUCAAACAGUACUGUGAACCCAGAAAGGCCUAUUUCAUCGGGUACAUGGUCCAUCGGUUGCUGUUGGGCCAGCUGGGUAGGAUUGCUGAGGAUGACAGGGAUCACUUCGGAAAGAAGAGGAUGGACAUGGCAGGACCACUCAUGGCGGCUAGCUUUGCACAGCUCUUCAGGAAGUUGGUCCAAGACAGUAAGAGGAUCCUGCAGCGUCAAGUGGAUAGUGGUCGGCACUUUGAUCUCAACUCUGCGAUACGAAGCGCCUCGAGCAUUACAGAUGGGCUGAGAUACCAAUUGGCUACUGGUAACUGGGGUAUUGAUAAGUCUGGUAAAUCAGUGCGGACAGGAGUGAGCCAGGUGUUGAAUCGACUCACCUUCAUGUCGACCAUGUCCCAUCUAAGGCGCAUGAACACUCCCUUGGAGCGUAGUGGAAAGCUGGCUAAGCCUCGGCAGUUGCACAAUACUCAUUGGGGUAUGAUCUGUCCUGCUGAGACCCCAGAAGGGCAGGCGGUUGGGUUGGUGAAGAACAUUGCGUUAAUGUGUACCAUCACGGUUGGGAGUCUCCCCAACGUAGUGUAUGACUUCCUUAACGAGUGGGGUCUGGAGAACCUGGAUGAGAUCAAUCCGAGUCAGAUUAAGCAUAUGACUAAGGUCUUCUUGAAUGGGCAAUGGGUGGGCAUGCACGCAGACGCAACGAUGUUGUGUGAGACGUUGCGUGACUUGAGGAGGAAGAGGGAUAUCGAUCCUGAAGUGUCUAUUAUUCGUGAUCUCCAGGCGAACGAGUUGCGAAUCUUCACUGACGGUGGGCGUGCCUGUCGACCAUUGUAUGUUGUUCAACCGCCUCCUAGUCAAAAGCUGUGUAUUAAAAGGGAACAUGUGGAAGCAUUACGACGCAUGCUGCUGAACAAUGAGCACGGUGGGUGGGACAUGCUGGUGGAGGAGGGUCUGGUUGAGUACAUUGAUGCUGAGGAAGAGGAGACGUGUAUGGUGGCAAUGUUCGUGGAUGAUCUACGCAAUGCACAGAGGAGGAAGAGCAAGGCUAGCAGCUAUUGCCAUACGUAUACCCACUGUGAGAUCCACCCAUCGUUGAUCCUGGGUGUAUGUGCUUCGAUUAUUCCCUUCCCUGAUCAUAACCAGAGUCCUCGUAACACUUAUCAGAGUGCUAUGGGGAAGCAGGCUAUGGGAGUGUAUGCGACCAACUUCAACAUGCGUAUCGACACUAUGGCGCAUGUGUUGAACUAUCCUCAAAAGCCCUUGGUGGGCACGCGGGCGAUGGAGUAUCUGAGAUUCAGAGAACUGCCCGCCGGCAACAACGCUAUCGUCGCUAUUAUGACUUACUCUGGAUACAACCAGGAAGAUUCCCUUAUCAUGAACGCCUCUUCGAUCGAUCGAGGCUUCAUGAGAUCGGUUCACUUCAAGAGCUAUAUGGCUGAUGAGAAGCGGCAGGGAGCUCAGGUCGUUGAGGAAUUCCGUGCUCCAUCUUGGUCCAAGACGUACGCUAUGAAGAGAGGUGACUACUCUAAGCUGGAUAAUGAUGGUCUUAUCAAUCCUGGUACACGAGUUCAUGGUGAUGAUAUUCUUAUAGGGAAGGUAUCGCCUAUUCCUAAUCAGACAGAUGAGGAAGGUCGCAUCCAGAAGUAUACUGAACGCGAUUGUUCAGUGGCCCUCAAGGGCGCUGAUAAUGGUGUUGUGGAUCAGGUUAUGUUGUCUGUGAAUGCUCGUGGUCACAAGUUCACGAAGAUCCGUGUGAGGACGUUGAGGGUGCCAACCAUUGGUGACAAGUUCGCCUCUCGACACGGUCAGAAGGGUACCAUGGGUAUUUCCUACAGACAAGAAGACAUGCCCUUCACACAGUAG